AUGAGGUCAGCAGAAGGGUAUGUCAGGUGGAAUCAGCUAAGCAGUGGGCUAGAUGGUUUGGUUGCUAAGCUAAGGUCUAAUGGAUCAUGGAAAGAAAAUGAUAGAUACUCGGGACAAGGGUGCUACAGUACUUUGGAAGGUUUUGAUAGUUUGAUGGGAGCGGGGAACACUAGAGUGAGUCAAUCACCCAUUCAUUCGGAGAUAGAGGCACUUAUUUGGGGGAUUGAAUUGUGCCAUGUGAAUGGUGAUAACUCUUUGAAUGGAUCCUUCAUCAUUGAUUAUGAUCACAUUGAGCAAUGGAUUGAUUUUACCUCCCUGGAGAUAGAUGCUAACAUGUUGAGGUGGUUCACUCCAAGGAUGGGAUACGUUGCUUUCUCUGCUCCAGCUGAGGAAGCGGCUAUUUCUGGGUUGAAGAGAGGACUUGAUGCUCUGAACACACAUCUCGCCUCCGACACUUACCUUGUUGGACAGUCUAUUACACUCACAGAUAUUGAAGCUGCACAGCCUACAAAGCCCAAGGAAGAGCCAAAGAAGGCUGCACCUCCAGCAGAAGAACCAAAGCUUGCUAAGGAGGAAAAAGCAACAAAGCUUGAUGAGGAGGUAGAAGCACCAAAGCCCAAAGCCAAGUAUCCUAUUGAUUUUCUACCCCCAAGCCCAAUGGUUCUCGAUGAGUGGAAGAGGCUUUACUCAAACAUCAAUUCCAACAUCCGUGAGGUUGUGAUCAAAGUGUAUGAACUUGUGAUCAUCUUUCCUUUUGACCUUCACUUUGGUACAUUCUUUGGAAGUUGUGCUAGUGUCCGAUCAUCUUUCUUGGUUUUAAACACUUACAAAGGUAACAAAGAAGCCGAUAAGGCACUCAUUGUGGCAGAAUAUGCUGAUGUGAUGAUCGAGGAGGCUUCCAACUUUCAGAUGGGCGUCACAAACAAAUCCCCUGAGUUUCUCAAGUUGAAUCCCAUCAGAGAGGUUUGGAAUCUCUUUUUCUUUGUUAAAGAACGUUAG